CUCUCGGUGUUCUUGUUGAAGUUGUCGCAGUGGCCUCUGUGGGUGCGAGUCAGCAGAGGGUGUGAGGUCCGUAGAUUUAAGCAUUUUGCACUGCGAAAGAAGCUUGCUGUCGCCGCCCAAGCUGUUCUGAAGCCCCGCACCUGAAGAUGCAAGUGGGGGAAGCCAAAGCCCUCCACACGACGAAGCGUUCGUCGGGCAUUGAUGUGUCUGAUCCAAGCUUGGCGGAAGUUUGGGCGAGCAUUCGAACGGACGGCGAACCUCAGACGAAUUGGUGUGCCUUCACAUACGCCGAGGGAUCGAACUCAGUGAUAAAUCUGCUCGGAUCAGGGACCGGCGGGGUACCGGAGCUCUGUUCCACUCUUCUUGAUUCGAUGGUAGCCUUUUGUGGAGUCAGGGUGGGCGACGAUAAAGGAUCAGCUCGAUUCCAUCGCAUCCUGUUCGUCGGGGAAGAGGUCGGUGGCAUGAAGAAAGGGCGAGCAGCUCUCGCAAAAAACGCCGUGUUUGCGGUAUUCGAGGGAGCAUCGGGCGGAGAUCACGAUUUCAGCUCCGUCGAAGAUCUGUCAGCGGCAUCGGUCUUCCAAUAAAUAUGUCGCCAGUUGGACUCCAGGCUGCGCGUUUCCGAUCGGACUGCGGUCGUUGUCGAACCGGGAGGACCUCGGAAACCCCAUUGAGAAACUCCGUCUUGCAGGAUAGUGCUUGUGAGCAUCACGAGUUGGGCUUGGUUGCUGACGUAGCGGUUGCAGUGGUCAACUUCAGGUCAUCGGGUGGGAAGCUGGCGAUCCUGCCCACCCUGUGGUCCUGCUAACGGUGUGAAUUUGGAGUCACGUCAUCUCAUCUCAAGUUUUCCAACAUGUGGGUGGAGGUAGAAGUUGACGUUCACGGGCUGCCCGCAGUACACCGGUUCUGCAUCAAAUUCAGGUAUCUCGUCUGUAAGCAUUUCAGAGUAUAUCCACGCGUCACAUGUGUGUCUGCGCUCCUACCUAGUUGGAAGACUGUGUGUUUUGAGGAAGAUGAUAGGCGAGGUCCGUUUCUUGAGGCUCUCCAGUUAGCUAACACGUGAUGUUGACCGUCGUUUUCUCGACGCCGUUAAGGGAAAAACAUCAGAAAUGCAAAGGAGAGCAAGGGUUUAACUACGCCGCCUGAAUGGGGGGUCGCUUAUCCCUUGAGUAUUUCACGUUUGUCGAUCGUCGUAUCUCGCCCCACCGUCGUAUCUCGACCCAUCCGUGCUAUCCGCAAGUCUUUCAGUAACAAUCGAUGCGAGGGGUUGGCUGGAAUGAAUGUUUGAGCUUUUGGUUUAUACACCAUUCCAGCUCGAAAGGACACGCAUGGUCCCUUUGGCUAGAGCGUGUGUUUCCUUCAAGUACACUUUCGUUCAACAUCAGAGCUUCGUGUCCUAAUCGAAGCGGACUACUUGCACACCUAUUGGUUCUCUCUUCAGCUGUUUGUAUCAUGGGCUUGCGUGCCGAUUGCUCGGUGGGUCCUUUCACUGUAGAUCAUGCAGUUUGCAUCUGAUGUUUUGGUACGUAUGUGUUUGAACCGCGGGGAGUACUGCGCCGAGAGUAGCUGCCCUUCAGUCUCGCUGAACGUGUGGCAAUUCCCCAGGGGGACGAUACGACAGCGAAUCGGAUUGACCUGUGGUGUCCGGAGCACACCCUCGCGCUCCCGCCAUGAUGGGGUUGCUACUUAUGGUCGUCUGAGAAGUCACUUAAGUGAAUUGGUGAGCGAUGGUUUCCGUCUUUUCACUAGCGCGGGUGCAAUUGAAUGUUUGCGGUUUCGAUUUGCUUCUUGCGCGCGGAUAAGCAACGCGUGCAAUCUCUUCACAUAUGGUCCGUGGUGGGCUUUCGAUCCACUUCGUAACCCUGCGCUAACGUGCACUUUUCUCGGGGUAGGAGGGGUUGUUCCAGACGUCAAAAGCACCGUAAAAGGCCCUGUCU